CCGUUCCUCUGUUAGGUUAUGCGGGGGUGGGGUUUCCAGAUCCUUACUCUGUCAUUGGUUAAUAUUUUAUUCUGUUGACAUGUUUUCUUACUGCAAAUGCUUCCGACACCUUCUAGCCAACCCCCCCUUCACGAUCUUGGCUGGAGCUGUCAAAACCACGCCUAUGGAGCUCUACAAUUGGUCCAGAAUGCGUAAAAUCUGCAAUCAAGACGGUUUGGUUCAUUAGUGCGGGGAUCCAGUGAGAAGGGACAUGUAAGACAGUGUGGUCAAGGAACAACCUUCCAAUUCUACAUCAGUGCUCCCGACUUUCGCAUCCUUAUUGUGGCUGCUUUACUUUCUGUAGUGGCUUGGACAGAAGGAAAGCUGUAAAUCUACACCGAAGUGUCAAUGUUGCUCUUUUGAAGGAUAUUAUCACUGUGCUGCAACUGGACAUCCUCGACGGUAGUGAAAUUUCCUACCAGUCCUCUUCAGCUACUGCGAAACCACCACUGUUUUUCAGUUGUAAGAGGGCGGCAGUCAGUCGGACUUACGCGAGUUACAGGCGCAGUUAUUUUAGAAUAUUAUACUUUCAUCUGGCUUUUUGGAUGCACCGAUGAGAGAUCCAGUUUUCACAGCGAACGCUAUGGCUUAUCACCCUUUUCACGCGCACAGGCCGGCCGACUUUCCCAUGUCAGCUUUCCUUGCCGCGGCUCAACCCUCGUUCUUUCCAGCGCUCACUUUACCACCGGGUCUCAGUAAACCACUGGCGGAUCAUGCGCUCUCCGGUGCGGCUGAGGCUGGCUUACACGCGGCGCUUGGACAUCACCACCAGGCGGCUCAUCUCCGCUCCUUCAAGAGUCUCGAGCCAGAGGAGGACGUUGAAGACGAUCCAAAAGUUACAUUAGAAGCCAAGGAGCUUUGGGAUCAAUUCCACAAAAUUGGAACCGAAAUGGUCAUCACUAAAUCUGGAAGGAGAAUGUUUCCUCCGUUUAAAGUACGCGUGAACGGCCUGGACAAAAAAGCCAAGUAUAUACUUUUGAUGGAUAUUGUUGCGGCAGACGACUGUCGGUACAAAUUUCACAACUCUCGAUGGAUGGUCGCAGGAAAGGCCGAUCCGGAGAUGCCCAAACGAAUGUACAUUCACCCGGAUAGCCCAGCCACGGGUGAACAGUGGAUGGCAAAGCCUGUUGCUUUCCAUAAACUCAAACUGACCAACAAUAUCUCGGAUAAACAUGGAUUUACCAUUCUAAAUUCAAUGCACAAAUACCAGCCCAGGUUUCAUAUCGUUAGAGCCAACGACAUUCUGAAGCUCCCUUACAGCACCUUCAGGACAUAUGUAUUUCCUGAGACCGACUUUAUAGCUGUCACUGCAUAUCAGAAUGACAAGAUCACACAAUUGAAAAUCGAUAACAAUCCAUUCGCAAAAGGGUUCAGAGACACGGGGAAUGGAAGAAGAGAAAAAAGUUUAAUUUUCAGAAAACAGUUAGCCCUUCCUUCAAUGCGCAUGUAUGAUGAUCAGUGCAAAGUGGAUCGAGAUGGAGGAGAUUCGGACGCCUCAUCCUGCGAACAAACUACUGGCAGGGAUUCAGUUCACUCACCGAUUGGAUCAGCAACAAGUCCCCUUAAAUUCAACAGAUCCAGAGAUGACAAAAACUGCAAUGAAAGCGACAACGAACUUGACCAACACGAUGAUGGAAUGAUCAGAGACAAUAGUCCAGAUCAGAGACCACGAUCACCAUUCAGCCCACGUUGCGAGGAUAGAGUCAAGGACAGAUCUAACCAAGAAAAGAAAGGGGACUUCUCAGAUUCGAGGAAAGAGAAUGAUUCUUUCUUCAGCAUCAGAAACAUGGAGAAGGACAAACUGGACAGCAGGAAUUUGAAAGAAUCAGAUACCUCCAAAAAGGAUGCAGACUCUGUGGGCCUGAGCACAGUCAAAGAUGGCUUUUCCCCUCUGAUGGUUCAAACAGAGAGCCCAUCGCAUUUCAGCGCAGGUCACUUGCAAAGUCUAGCACUCUCUGGUUUACACAAUCAACAUUUCUUUAACCCACUGAGUACAGGACAACCACUCUUAUUUCACCCCGGGCAGUUUGCUAUGACUCCUAGUGCUUUCUCAACCAUGGGCAUGGGACAUUUGUUAGCCUCAAUGUCUGGAGCAAGUGGAAUGGAGAAUGGCAGCCUCUCCUCUCAGAGUACCAGUUCACCCAACCCUUUCCCAUUCCACUUAUCACAACAUAUGCUUGCAUCUCAGGGUAUCUCCAUGCCACCGUUCGGUGGACUGCUACCCUACCCGUACACGUACAUGGCGGCUGCAGCUGCAGCGGCCUCUGCUCUCCCCGCCAGUAAUGCCGCGUCCGCUCUCGGCCGGAACCCCUUUCUCAGCAGCACGCGGCCAAGGUUGCGAUUCAGCCCCUAUCAGAUCCCCGUGUCUAUUCCUCAAAGCUCCGGUCUGCUCACCACCGGAAUAUCAAGCACUCUGAGCGCGGAGUCAGAGUCAUCGAAAUCAGGCAGCAGGGAGAGCAGUCCCAUUUCAGAGCACCACAGCCAUAAAACCGGAAGCGGCCAGAAUACAAGAUCUCCCAAAUCUUCAGGGAAGGAUUCCAUUAACGAACUGCAGAAUAUACAAAGAUUAGUCAGCGGACUGGAGAAACACAGAGACGUGUCACCCCGUAGCGAUUCACCAAAGUGACCCCAUGAAUACAACCAAUGACUCUUUAUUGCAUAACAAUGCUUCAAUGAAAAAAAAAAAGAAAAAGAAAAAAGGAGAAAAAAGGUUAGAGUUUGUCGGUUGAAGUUAUGGCUCAGACAGUGGAACAUCUCCUAUCAUCUCUAGGCUAUCACAGGCCCCAUACCUGGAAUUCGACGAGAACUGUAGCAAAUGUUACGCCCCUUUCGGAUCUACAAAGCAUGCUGAUUUCGUUCAUCCUUAAUUUGGCGAUGAAUAUAUGAAAAUUCCCUGGACUGUUCUUUAGCUAUUUAAAUGGGGUUGCCCAUUUUGAGCUCACACAUUUCAGUGUAUUUUGAAAAAGGACUGUAAACGCAACAAUCUCUGACAACAUCUGAAGAUGCUAAACGUUUAAGUUGCCUAUGUCUGGGACCUGUUUUUCUAAUUAUUUAUAAUAAUAAAAGUAACACAUAUGUAAAUAAGGUUAAUGGACUGAAGGAGACAGAUUUUAAUUUAUUCAAAACUGUACAUUGGUGUGUAAAUACUAUUAGGUCUCGAUUUGUUACAUUUAUAUAUAUUUUCCCAUUUACAGAUAUGAACAUUAGCGCUUGAUAGCAGGAAACCGAAUGUGAUGUUUGUGAUAUCCUGCCAGAAGUAAAGGAAAAGCCACUGUACAUCUAAAUCUCUGAUGACACAUUUUUUUUUUUUUUUUUUUCAUUUGUAGCUAAAUUCAACAAAAGGUGUUUAAAUUUAACGAUGGUCCAUAAGCAGGGACAACUCAGGUUUCUUUCUAAUCUUGCAUUGAGAAGGUCAUUGUGUAGUUUCUCUUAUGAGAGCUAUCUGUUUAAACAUCUCGGUGCUGGAUUUUCGGGUAAAUGAGCGAUUUUGUUGCAUUCUCUCAGUUAAAUAAAACGAAAGUGUUCAUUUA